GGCCCGGGGACCCGCGCUGCCCCCCACCCCUCCCAAGCAGGCGCCCCCAUGGGCCGACCCCGCUGAUUCCUUCAUCCGGCCAUGCUCCCGCGGCCCCUGCGGCUGCUUUGGGACACGAGCCCCCCCGGGGGAGUCGUGUUGAGCAGCUUCCGGAGCCGAGACCCCGAAGAGGGUGGGGGCCCAGGUGGCCUGGGCGCGGGCGGGGGGCAGGAGGACGAGGAGGAGGAGGAAGAAGACGAGGCCCCUGUGACUGCCUGGGAUGAGGAGGAGGAUGGUGCCACAUUUACUGUCACCAGCCGCCAGUAUCGACCUCUUAAUCCCUUGGCCCCAACGCCUCCCCCGCGUUCCUCCAGAAGGCUCCGUGCUGGCACACUGGACGCCCUGGUCAGAUACCUGCUGGAUGCUCGGACUGCAGGGGCUGACAUGACCUUCACAUCAGCCUUCCUGGCUACCCACCGGGCCUUCACCUCCACGCCUGCCCUACUAGGACUUGUGGCUGACAGGUUGGAAGCCCUUGAAUCUUAUCCUACCGAUGAACUUGAGCGAACCAAAGGGGUAGCCAUCUCUGUCCUGUCAACCUGGCUGGCCUCUCACCCUGAGGAUUUUGGCUCUGAGGUCAAGGGUCAGCUUGACCGGCUUGAGAGCUUCUUGCUUCGGACAGGGUAUGCAGCAGGGGAGGGUGUUGGGGGGGGCAGCGCUGACCUCAUCCGCAACCUCCGGUCCCGGGUGGACCCCCAGGCCCCCGACCUUCCUAAGCCCCUGGCCCUCCCCGGCGAUCCCCCUGCUGACCCCACGGAUGUCCUGGUGUUCCUCGCUGACCACUUGGCCGAACAGCUGACCCUGCUAGAUGCGGAACUGUUUCUCAAUCUGGUCCCCUCUCAGUGCCUGGGGGGCCUAUGGGGUCACAGAGACCGGCCAGGACAUUCCCACCUCUGCCCAUCUGUCCGGGCUACUAUCACACAGUUCAACAAGGUGGCAGGGGCAGUGGUCAGCUCUGUCCUGGGGGCUACCCCAACCGGAGAGGGACCUGGGGAGGUGACCAUACGGCCACUCCGUCCCCCCCAGAGGGCCCGGCUUCUGGAGAAGUGGAUUCGAGUGGCAGAGGAAUGUCGUCUGCUCCGAAACUUCUCCUCAGUUUACGCUGUCGUGUCAGCCCUGCAGUCCAGCCCCAUCCACAGGCUUCGGGCAGCCUGGGGAGAAGCAGCCAGGGACAGCCUCAGAGUCUUCUCCAGCCUCUGUCAGAUUUUCUCUGAGGAGGAUAAUUAUUCUCAGAGCCGGGAGCUGCUCCUGCAGGAUGUGAAACUGCAGCCCUCUCUGGAGACAAAUUCCAAGAAAACCCCGAGGCCUGGCUCCCGGAGAGGGGGUGUGGUGCCCUACCUUGGUACCUUCUUAAAGGACCUGGUGAUGCUGGAUGCAGCCUCCAAGGAUGAGCUGGAGAAUGGAUACAUUAAUUUUGACAAACGGAGAAAGGAGUUUGCUGUCCUUUCUGAGCUUCAGCGGCUCCAGAACGAAUGUCGCGGCUAUGACCUCCGACCUGACCCUGACAUCCAGCGGUGGCUUCAGGGACUCCGGCCACUAACAGAGGCUCAGAGCCAUCGUGUGUCUUAUGAGGUGGAGUCAUCUGGUACCAGUGAAUCUCCUGCCCCAAGGGUGCUUCGACCAGCAGUGGUCAUCUCACAUUGGACAGAGGUUCUGGGCUCUGUUGGGGGUCCCACCUCCCUUGUGUCCUGGGACCGGCCCAGUGUAGGGGGAGAUGAGGUGCCUGGAACUCCUGCUCCUUUACUAACCCGGCUGGCCCAGCACAUGAAGUGGCCGUCUGUCUCAUCUCUGGACUCCGCCCUGGAAAGCACUCCACCCCUGCACAGCCCGGCUGACUCCAGCCACCUCUCUCCCCCAGCUUCCUCCCCUAGGCCUUCUCGAGGUCACCGCCGCUCUGCUUCCUGUGGCUCCCCACUCAGUGGCGGUGCAGAAGGGGCCUCCAAGGGCACAGGAUACGGGGGUGGGGGGUCUGGGCCAGGGGCUUCUGAUUGCCGAAUCAUCCGAGUCCAGAUGGAGCUGGGGGAAGAUGGCAGCGUCUACAAGAGCAUCCUGGUGACAAGCCAGGACAAGGCUCCAAGUGUCAUCAGUCGUGUCCUUAAGAAAAACAAUCGUGAUUCUGCAGUGGCUUCGGAGUAUGAGCUGGUACAGCUGCUACCAGGGGAGCGAGAGCUGACUAUCCCACCCUCGGCUAAUGUCUUCUAUGCUAUGGAUGGGGCCUCCCAUGAUUUCGUCCUGCGGCAGCGGCGAAGGUCCUCUACUGCUCCACCUGGCCUCCCCAGUGGCCCCUCUGCCUCAGGAACUCCUCCAAGUGAGGGAGGAGGGGGUUCUUUUCCCAGAAUCAAGGCCACAGGGAGGAAGAUUGCCCGGGCACUGUUCUAAGGAGGAAGUCCUGCUGGCUUACAGAACUCAUGGUGGCCUUACCAGAUGUGGGUAGCCAUCCCGAAUGUUGGCAGUUAUGUCGCACUGAGAAGAAAUGCAGCAAAGUAGCAGCCACCCUGGGGCAGUGAAGUGACACUGACUUGCCAGAUAGCCGAGAAAUCCAGCCCUGUGGGAACUGGCAAUCUUGGUAACCAAGUAGGAUACCUGUGUAUACCUCCCCUAUUUCCAUGAACACAGCACAUGGCUAGUGCUGGAAGCAGCAAUCAGUUUCUGAUUCCUGGCCACAUCCUAGCAUGUAAAGAGCAUGGAAAAGCCUAGGAGAGGAAAAGCCUAGUGGCUCUGAGCCCUGGGGUGACGGGAUGGCAAGAAGUGGGUUCAAGUAUUCUUUUCCUACAAGGUCCCUGUCACUGUGACAACACUAAGAUAAUAAAACAAAACACUACCUGAAUU